GCUCUUGUAAUUGGAUAGACUAACAGGAUUUUGCAAUGUAAAGACUUCAUAGGAAGUCGUGUAUUGUGUUUGGAAUCAGCCGCCUGCUUACAAGUUACUCGUUCAACUUUAUGUGUCACCAAUAAUCAAUCACGUCGGCUGGAAUAGAUACCCUCAAAAAUGCCUAAAGAAGAUCCUGAGCACCAAACUCUACGAUUGGAACUGGAAGAUCUCAUAAAGAAAUGCCAAGAUGAACAGCAGAAGGUUGCAGAUAAGAAAUUGGAAGAGGCAACAUCCGACAUGGCAGAUGCGCCCAAAGUUCGCUUGACGACAAAGAAAAUGCUCAAAGGGCACAUCAAUAAAGUCAAUUCAGUUCAUUACAGUGGAGACAGCAGGCAUGCUGUCUCGGGGUCACUGGAUGGAAAGCUGAUUAUCUGGGAUACAUGGACUGGAAAUAAAGUGCAAGUCAUACCGCUACGUUCAGCCUGGGUUAUGAGUGUAGCAUUCGCGCAGUCCGGGAAUUUUGUAGCUUGUGGUGGAAUGGAUAAUAUGUGCACAGUGUACGAUGUCAACAACAGAGAUGCUACUGGACAGGCUAAAAUGGUCAGAGAGCUGCUUGGUUAUGAAGGCUUUCUUUCGUCAUGCCGGUUCAUUGAUGACAAAACUCUCAUUACUGGCUCAGGUGAUAUGAAGAUAUGUGUGUGGGACUUGGAGGCUGGCAAAAAGACGCAGGACUUCAAUGCGCAUGCGGGCGACGUGGUGACCAUGUCGAUUGCUCCCGACAAGAACUCUUUCGUCACUGGCAGUGUUGACAAGACUUGCAAGAUCUGGGACAUCAGGGAUGGCAAAUGCAAACAAACCUUCUUUGGCCACGAGGCUGAUGUCAAUUCAGUUUGCUUUCAUCCUAGUGGACAAGCGUUUGCUACGGGUUCCGAGGAUAAAACUGCACGUUUGUAUGACAUGCGCUCUGAUCAACAAAUAGGACUCUACACACCACCAAAUAAGACUUCAGGCUUCACUUGCUGUGGACUUUCACUGUCGGGAAGGUUCAUUCUUUGCGGCAGUGAUGAUUCUCAAGUCCACAUUUGGGACACUUUGAAGAAUCAACAUAAUGGUACUCUUGCUGGACAUGAGAACAGGAUCACAUCACUUAGCGUUGCUGAAAGUGGAAUAGCUGUAGUUACUUCAUCUUGGGAUCAAAACGUGAGGGUUUGGGGCUAACAUAAUCCAUCAAUAUCUCACACUGCAAAAAAUAAGUUUCCAUCUACAUUAGUCAUAGAAGCCAUGUUUUUGUUAAUAAGAUAAUGAUAUUUCUCGCAUCUCAUUAUAUCAACGUGUUUAAUUUAUAUAUUACUAGAUUGAGAAUGGUUUAUACAAUAUAUAGAGUGCUAUAAUGUAUAUGUAUUAUAACCUAAUUAAUAAUUUAUUCAAUUGCUAAAAUUGAGAAAAUAGAUUAAAUACUUAUAUUUGAAGAAAUUA